GCUUUCUUAAAUCUCUGUUGGUUGUAACUUCAAAUCAGAUUUAUCGUACAACCGAACAAUUUUUCCUGUAAAUGAUGUCUGAAAAAUUUAAAAAGGCAGUGAACGUGCACUCCACGAAUGUGACCACCGACAAUCCGUCGCGCUACGAAAUGCUCGCCUGGGUGAACAGGACCUUGAAUGCCGACUUGACCAAGGUCGAGGAGCUGUGCACCGGAGCAGCUUACUGCCAGUUCAUGGACAUGAUCUUCCCGAACUCCGUUCCCCUCAAGCGGGUCAAGUUUCGCACGAAUCAGGAGCACGAGCACCUGCAGAACUUCAAGAUUUUGCAGGCGGGCUUCAAGAAGCUGUCUGUCGACAAGGUCAUUCCCAUCGACAGGCUGAUCAAGGGUCGCUUCCAGGACAACUUAGAGUUCCUCCAGUGGUUCCGCAAGUUCUUUGAAGCCAACUACGAUGGCAGGGCCUACGAUCCCUUUAUGGCUCGAAACGGCGUAAAAAUGGGCCUGGGAUCGAGUCCCUUGAGCCCAAAGGGUCAGAGAUUCUCACCAAGGGCCACAUUUCAAAGCGGAGGUCCUGACAAACCCUCUGAAAGUUCGGCAUUGGAGGAGAUCGAAUGUGACGGCGAAAAGGAAGUGCUGCGACAGAAAUUCUUGGAUCUGUCCAGGGAACUGGACGAUUACGGUCGGGAAAUUUUGGAAAUGGAAAAGGAACGAGAUUUCUACUUCAGAAAAGUACAGAAUAUCGAACAAGCUUGUCUGGAGAGCCAAGCUAACAACAGGGAAAUGGCUAUACACGAAAAUAUUCUUGAGAUUAUUUACGCGGACAGGGCUCUUUGAAACAAGCCCAGCGGGCCAUUUAAAAUUGUUAGUUACUUUGUGUUAUUUAGCACUCAUAUACACUAUGCCAGAUAUUAAGACCAGAUAUUAAGCAGCAACAAAGGUUUAUGAAAAUCAUUUAAUUGAUGAGCUUGAAAGAAUAAAUGAUGUAUAUAAAAAUUAAUAAUAAAUAUAGUUAUGUGAAAUUCAAAAAA